AUGGCUUUUGCCGCUGCGCAGGAGCGAGAUCAGCUGCUGCUGCAGAUGGGCUGGUACAGUUGCGUGGGCACCUCGCUGCUCCCGGUGGAAGAACAUGCGCUGGCGGAUUGGGAGGGCACCGUGCAGAGCCGAACCAAAGAGAAGUUAGAAAAGCUGCAAAAGGACGGUCUUGGGAGAUCUGGAGCCACCGAAAGCCAACAAGGCUUGCGCUAUCAGCUGGCGGCGGGGGAUGCCGCGCUCGCCCCGGAUUUGUCCUUUCUGUCGGUGGAGACGGUGCGCGUGCGGGAAGGGCUGGAGGAAGGGCUGGAAGUGGCUUGGCAGACCGCCAUGGCUUGCCCGGGCGCCGCAGCGGAGUGGAAUGCUUUGCUGCCAAGCCAAAGUUAUCAAGGCUCUGAGUUUGGUCGGGCGAUGUUGAUGCUGUGCAGGGCUCAGACGGACUUGUUAGGUUCAGCUUUGCGCUUUCUUCUUGCGCAGGCGCAGGGAGCUCUUGCGGUGAUCUUUGCAGCUCAGGCGGGGCCUGAGAGGCCCUUUGGCUACCACCACGACCGGACGCCACCAGGCGGGGUGAACGAACGCUGGUGGCCGAAGGUUUCCUUUUGCAAGCCUCAAAAUUCUUCGCUACUUACUUGGCUUGCUUUGGGGGUUAUUAGGUUUGCCUUCCGGCCAGGAAUCAUGACAUAG